CACAGGUUUUGAUAAAUCUCCCCCAGUGUGUCUGUAUAUAAUACAUAAUAUAAUGCCACUUUCACAUGGUAGUAUUUGGGUCAGUAUUUGGUUUCAGUAGUCAUAUGCAAAAACUUGGGUCCUCAAGAGACACAGAAGAGAUUCCACUUGGAAAUGCAUUGCUGUCUAAGAAACUGUGCUCUUCUUAGCAGUUCUAGCGAUCCGCUGUCUGUGGAACAUAGCCUUAAGUGUGUACAGAAAACAGUGGGUAAAAGUCCCCUUAUAUGCUCUGGGAAACAGACAACACUUUGGUGGGUGGAAUAAUGAUGAAAUAUAAACUAUGCAGCCAAAGACCCCCACUUGAAGACAUCCGCAAUGGUGCAAUGAUUCCAGCAAACAGAGCAGCAGUUGUGAACUGUAAGAUGUCCAAACCUGUUAAAACCAUAAAGCAAGAAGCCACCGAAAGAAAUGUGCUAGAAAAAGUAAUAUGGACAGCUGAGGCAACGCUUCAGGUCCCUUUUAAAUCAGAUAUAACAAUGAGGGAUGAAGAUGAUCUCUGCCAUGCAUUUUCUGAGAUUCUAAAUAACAUAAAAGAUAUAGAUGCUGAAGAUGCUGACAAUCCACAGAUGUGCAGUGACUAUGUGAAAGAAGUCUAUGCUUACCUGAGACAGUUAGAGGUUAAACAGUCUAUUCGUCCAAAUUAUCUGCAAGGAAUGGAGGUGAAUUCACGUAUGAGAGCCAUCCUCAUAGACUGGUUAAUGCAAGUCCACUCCAAAUUCAAGCUACUCCAAGAGACUCUCUACAUGGCAGUUGCAAUAUUGGACCGCUUUCUACAAGUUCAUCCUGUCCAGAAGAAUAAGCUUCAGUUGGUGGGAGUUUCAUCACUCUUUGUGGCAUCAAAAUAUGAAGAAAUGUAUUAUCCAGAGAUUGCAGAUUUUGUCUAUAUAACAGACAAUACCUAUUCCAAAGCUGAGAUUCGACAUAUGGAGAGAACAAUUCUUGCUAAACUGAGAUUUGACCUGGGAAGACCAUCACCUCUUCACUUCCUUCGCAGAGCCUUAAGGUGUUGCCAUACAAAGGAAGAGCAAUACCUUCUUGCUAAAUAUUUAAUGGAACUCACCUUAAUGGACUAUGACAUGGUCCACUAUCAGCCAUCCAUCAUUGCAGCUGCAUCCCUGUGCUUGACACAAAAAGUUCUUAAUUGGGGUUCUUGGGAUGACACGAUCCAGCAUUACACUUGCUACACUGAAGAAAAUCUUCUUCCAGUUAUGCAGCACAUAGCAAAGAAUGUAGUUAUGGUCAAUAACAACAUGACAAAAUUUGCUUAUGUUAAGAACAAAUUUUCAAGCAGAAAACUAAAUCGGAUCAGUACCAUCUCUCAGCUGAACUCUCCAAUCUUAAAACGUUUUGCUGCUCCUCUAAUAUCUGCUAUAUAGUGGCUAGAUGGAAGCAAUUUGUGGUGUUGUGUUUAAACGUUAUAACAAUUUGUAUAUAGCUGUUUCAGUGUUGGUUCAUAUGUUACACAUUCCUUAUUAAAAUAAAAUAUUUUGAAUUA